CCGGCUCUAGUCCCUCCUCGCCCUGGGCCCCGGGCUGCCUGGGGACCCCCCCGGGAGGCGGCCCUCCAUACCUCUGACAGCAUCAGCCUCUGCGGGCAUCAGCGUCUUAGCUCAAGUCUCCGAACUCAGCCCGAGCCUCGAGGCCCCCGGGCUCCAGGCCUGGACCCAGCAUGGCCAAGGACUUUCAAGACAUUCAGCAGCUGGACUCCGAGGGAAACGACCACCAGCCGGGUGGAGGGGAGGGGCUGGGCCACCAUGGGCUCGGCCUCAGGAGAGAAGCCCCGUUCCGAGCAGGGGCCCCUCCUGCCCAGGGCCUGCUGCGGCAGCGUCUGUGCUCCAGGCUCCACCUCAGUCUGCUCGUCCUGGGCCUCAACGUCCUGCUGCUGGUGGCCGUCGGCGUGAUCGGGUCCCAAAGAGCCGGGCUGCAGGAGGAGCUGCGGAUCCUGAAGGACAACUUCAGCCACUUCUCGUCCGGCGUCUUCGCGGAGAUGGGCGCCCUCAGCUCGCACGGGGGCAGUGCCAGUGACCUGCUGACCUCUCUGGAGGCCAAGCUGGAGAAACAGCAGAGGGACGUGAAGGCAGAUCACGCCGCCCUGCUCCUUCAUCUGAAGCACUUCCCCGUGGAUCUGCGCAUCCUGACCUGUCAGAUGACUUUCUUCCAGAGCAAUGGCACAGAGUGCUGCCCCGUUAACUGGCUGGAGUACGAGGGCAGCUGUUACUGGUUCUCGCGCUCCGGGAAGACCUGGCCGGAGGCCGAGAAGCACUGUCGGCUGGAGAACGCGCACCUGGUGGUCAUCACCUCCAGGGAGGAGCAGAAAUUCAUUUCACAGCACACAAACCCCUUCGAUGCCUGGAUAGGUCUCACCGACAGCGAUGGCUCCUGGAAAUGGGUGGACGGCACCGACUAUCAGCAUAGCUACAAGAACUGGGCAGCCACUCAGCCAGAUGACUGGCAGGGUCACGAGGUGGGAGGAGGCGAAGACUGCGCGGAAACGCGCUCCAAUGGCCGCUGGAACGACAAUUUCUGCCAGCAGGUGCAGCGCUGGGUGUGCGAGAUGAGGCAGAACAUCACGGGUUAGGCCCCGCCCCCGCCCCGCCCCCUGCCUCCCUGGGGAGUUUGGAGAAUGGAAAACUAGAGGCCUGGGUACCGGGGUGGAGGAAGGAUGGAGGGGGUGGUGUAGGCGGGUGGUGUAGGCACCGAUGUCCCUGGGGAUGCUGGGGUCCCGCCUCCCACAGCAAGUCACAGUCGUGAUUAUAAUUCUCAGCCCGCUCAAUCGGGGAAGAAGAAAUGAGUCCUUGAAA